AUGGUCUGUGUGCGAUCGAGCCUGGCGAGGAGCGACCGCGCGUGGGUCACCGCAGAAAUCAUCACCCCAACCACGUCAUCGCAAUCAAUCUUCCCCUUGUCCCGCCUGCACACGUUCUCCGCUCCAGGCGGAGAGGGCGGCACGCGUUUCUCGCUCAUUGGCCCAUGGUACGCUCUCACCAUGCCCGCGACCGCGCCCGCUGCGUUCUCGAGGAUCGGACAGAGGAGGUCAUUCAGCCCCGCGAUGUCCACAACGCUGUACAGGACCUUGACGUCCGAAUCCUGGACGAAGGGUCCGACCGCGGCCAUCAUGCCCGCGAGCAACUCGGGGAAUGCAAGCGGGAGGGCGCGGAACACCCCCGCUGCGAGUGCGCACUCCCCAGAGCCGCCUAGGCCAACCACGGUGUAUACUCCGUAG